AUGUCUUCUCAAUCCGGUAGUAGCAUUAAUAAUAGUCAUGAUCAUCGACAACCCCGAAGAGAACGUAGUCAUUCCUCCAUCUCGAGCCAUUACGAAUCUCCGCAGGCUGGAAGUCCACCUCCAACGACGGUUUUUCCUCCUCCAUUAGUGUAUCUACCUUCUUCUCUCGGCUAUCAGCCACCUCAAGGGCAACAUCCAUACGCGAUUCCUCCGCCUCUUCCUCCUCCUCUUCCUCCUUCUCCUCUUUCUCCACAACCACCACGGGGGUUCAUUAAUAAUUAUAACCUAAUUAGAACACACAACAACAAUUCCCCUUAUCAACAACCCGCGGCAAGCUCUUAUUUCAGCUCUCAACUCUUUCUUACACAACAACACGAAAGCCAAGUCUCAGGCUUUGUCCGAGCAAUUAUCGGUACAGUAAUUUUGAUCCUAUCGAUAACUUGCGUCACAAGCAUCAUCAUGUGGCUAUUUUUGCGUCCUUUAGUUCCUGCAUUUCGUAUUAAUAAUUUCUCCGUCUCAAAUUUUGAUGCAACGUCGAGCCGUACAUUUACGGCCACGUGGGAUGCUAAUAUAACAGUUGAAAACCCUAAUACAAAACUCAAAGUACAUUUUGAUCAAAUACAGACGUAUGUCUACUACAGCGGAGAUGAUGUUCUUCAAUCGUCGCAUUCCGAUCCGUUUGCGGUUGACAGAAAGGCGAAUCGGGUAUUCCGAACGACGUUGGAAGUGAACGGAAGCGACACCGGAGUCGGAAGUUGGGUGGUAGAGAGCAUGCUUAAAGAUAAAAGCAGCACAGGGAAUGUAACGUUUGAUAUAAGAAUGGCACUUUGGAGUAUAUUUAAAUCAGGUUCGUGGUGGGCAAGGCAUGUAACUAUAAGAGUUUAUUGUGAAAAUUUGGUGGUUUCUUUUAUUGGUAAUUCAGGUAAUGGUACCUUUGACCAUAAUGGCAUGCCUAAAGAUUGUUUAGUUUUUGCUUAG